CCCUUUGCUGCUCUCACUUCUUCACGCCGGCGACGAGAGUAACCAACCCAGAGACACCCAAAACCCUAAACAUGGCGAUUUGUCUCCGGCGGGCUCUACAGCUGAGGACCCUCUUCCUCCGGCAUCCUCGCAGAAUCAGCACCUUAUCACCCUUCUCCUAUCUUUCCCAGGGCGAUCCCGCAUUGAACGCGGCGUCCCAUUGCGGCUCCCGUGGCGGAUUGUACCGUGUGGAUUUCGAUUCUUUAAUGGGAAAUCAUCGGGGCUUUGCUAAAGGAAGGAAAUCGAAGGAUGAAACUGAUGAUGAUAAAAAUCAAGUUGACACUAAUUUUGGCCCUACAUUGAAGUCAACCACUCAGUCACAAAUGGAGGCUGCUAUUGUCGCUUUGUCACGUGAGUUGAGUAAACUUAGGACUGGAAGAGCAUCUGCAGGAAUGCUGGAUCAUAUUUUGGUAGAGACAGGAGGUGGAAAAAUGCCUCUUAAUCAUGUUGCUGUUGUCUCGGUCAUAGAUUCAAAGACACUCUCGGUGACACCUUAUGAUCCCGAUACUUUGAAAGCAGUAGAGAGUGCAAUAGUCGCAUCUCCAUUAGGUUUAAAUCCAACACCUGAUGGUCAGCGAUUACUUGCAGUAAUUCCUCCUCUCACAAAGGAGAACAUUCAGGCACUCUGUAAGGUGGUUGCAAAAUCUUCAGAAGAUGUCAAACAGAGUGUCAGAAGAGCUCGUCAAAAGGCACAGGACUCUAUAAAGAAACUAGCUGCAGGAGUUCCAAAAGAUGAUAUCAAGAGGCUUGAGAAAGAGAUUGACGAAAUGACUAAGCGAUUUGUGAAGACGGCGGAUGAUAUGUGCAAGGCUAAGGAGAAAGAAAUUAACAGUAGCUAAGUCGCAUCCCAAGAUUUAACCUUUGGCAGUGUCCUGGAGUUCAAAAUUAUGCUUACCGUCUUUACACCCAACGCAGUGGGGAUUCUGUAACACGAAAUGUGUUCUUUUCUAGGAUAUCCAAUGAGACUCAGAAAGCCUGCUGGACUUGGGAAAUGGAAUGAUACCUGAGGGAAUAAGUCUCUUAAAUGUAAAACUUAUUUGCAAAAGCUGGCACCAGGAAAAGUUCCACCCUUAGCAUAAGGGCAUGUAGGAAUUGGAUAUUUCAGGUUGAUUAUUGAUUUUAGCAUUUCAAACUCUGCAAAUACCAUGGUUUUCUGUGGACAAUUCUUCCAUUAGCAAUUGGAUGUACUUUCACUA